UCCGUCGGGGCUGGAGGAAGGGAUCAAUGCCGUGAAUGGUCCUCCUCUCCUUGCUCACUACUCUAAUUAUUAUUUUCCACCCUGCCACUUGCCAGCCCAUGAAUAGUCAAUACCAAACCAACAGGCAGGAAAUGAAGGAGCAGAUGCUUAGUUCAGUGCCUGGAGUGAGAUUUAUUUAUCGAGAACUGGUUCCAACCACAUGAGACGGACUUUGUUCGCUGCUGAGGAUUAUGGAAACUUUCUUUCUCUCUGUUUGAAGACUGAUGGAUUCUCUUUUUGGACUUUCUACAUUUGUCCAGAAUGAUGAAGUCACUUGUUUAAUACUGUGGUCAUCCCAGCAGUCUUAUUUGAGUGCUUCAGAGAGAGCUGCACACACUGGAAUAGCUAGAAUGUUUCUGUGGGCUGGAAGCAAAGGAGCUCAAGGAUCAGGAAGUGAGAGAAGCAGGACCUUUUAUCAGAAGAUUCGUGAGUAUGAUGUUUUGGAGAAGAGGAGGACAGUCACAGCGCUGAAGGCUGGAGAGGACAGAGCCAUUCUCUUAGGCCUCAGCAUGAUCCUUUUCUCUGCCAUGAUGUACUUUGUGUUAGGCAUCACAAUGGUGCGCUCUUACUCAGACAGCGUGUGGACAGAGGAGUCCAACUGUACAGUGCUAAACUCUAGCAUAGUUGCUGAGAUUAACUGCAGCUACAGUUGCGGCUCAGAGUGCAGGAAGAGCUCCAGGUUUCCCUGUCUUCAAGUAUUCGUCAGUCUGAACGGCAAAGUUCUGCGGCUGUCAUACAAUGAGGAGGCCCAUGAGGCCCACCCUGAGUGUUUUUACAUCCCAAAGUGCCGCAAGGAUCACACGCUGAUGCAUAGCAUUGUGAUGAACAUCUCAGAGCGACUGAAGACUCACCAGCAGGUUCUGUGCUACUACGACCCCUCGGAGCAGCAGGACAGCGUCCUCCUGACACGUCUCUAUGGCCGCGGGGCCAUCAUUAGCUCGCUCCUCUGGCCCACGUGCACACUGGUGGGGGGAACCCUCAUCAUCGCCAUGGUUAAGCUCACUCAGUACCUGUCUUUCCUGUGCGAGCAGAUCAGCCGAAUUAAAAGGAUGGGGCUCUAUUCCUUAACAGGUGGUUCUCACACCAGGGUCUGCACUCGGAAGUUUAACGGCAGCAUCCAGGAUGGGGUUUGAAUGGAAGUUUUUUCUACUCCGUAUAUAGCGACAAAGUGUUUCCGCUCUCCUCUGACACUCCAUCAGCCUUGGUAAUCUGCCAGGUCUUGUUGACAAGACUGAAGUAAUGUUGUGCACCAUUGACUCAAAAGAGUUUCUAGUGGUUGUAGUUGGAACUUUUUACAAUAAGACUGGGUCAAGUCCAAUCCUGAAACUCAAGGGUCAAAAUAUGUGGACAUGUUGUGGGGUGUCAAUUACACUUUCUGACCAGCAGAUCUGAGACUCCAUUCCAAGAAGCUGCCACUGAGUAGCAAUAUGUCUUGACCAGCUGACCCUUAUGUAAUCACAGAAAUUAAAAGUAGUGUGUAUAUGCUACUGUCAUCAGUGGUGACUGCUGUCAUUCAUGGCUCUUUGACAAACACCUGUGGACCUCUUCAAAGCCAAAGGUCAUGUGUUGACUGUGAAUUUUCUGUAUUUCUUAAAGGGAUAGUUCACCUAAAAAAAGAAAAUUCUAUCAAUUUAUUCACCCUCAUGUCAAACCUGUAUGACUUAAUUUGUUCUAUGGAAGAUGAAAAAUAUUUACCUAACAUUUUACAAUAUGGUUUCAUUUGUUGACAUUGGUCUACAUGAACUGCUCUAACAAUGGACAAAACUGAACUAUCCAUGUAAUGCCCUAUGAAUAAACAUAAGCAAUGGGCAAUUGUAUUUAUUUUUAUCAACUAAUGUGUGUGUUAACAAAAGAGACCUUAAUGUAAAGUGAUAUUUUAAAGAACAUCAGGGUCUAAACAACAUUUGAUUACAUUGACUUUUAUUGUGCAGACAUUUUAAAAAUAUAUUUUAUGGUUUUCCACAAGAAAAGAAAAAAGAAAAAGAAAAAUCAUGCAGGUUUGGAACAACAUGAGGAUAAGAAUGACAAAAUUGUCUUUCUUUUUUUUCUUCAGAUGAAAUCCAGUCUAGUCCUAGUAGUGCACCAGUGUAGCAGACCCAAAAGCUGUGUAAAGAAAUCUAGUGUGUUUUCUAGCUACUUAGCAUUGUAAGGCAUCAUAGACGCAAAGUCAAGCCUGUUCUAAAAUGUGGGUGGCGUCAUUAAUGCCAAAUUCUAAGUUGUUUGCAAAGAAAAUCUUCUAAACCAGCUAGACACAACACCGUAGAAUAGAACAGAAUAAUGUGGCAUCAACAUCUGCAAUGUACAUUGUGUGAAGUGCUUAAAAAACAAGACAAUCGUCCUCAGUAUUUUACAUCUACAUAGACAAAUCAUUAACUAAUCAGAGCAAAGGAAUAAAAGAAUGUGUCCUGUGUGAACAGCCUCCAAGACAUUUCAGGACAUUGCCAUUUAAUCAUGUAUAUAUUGUAAUUCCAGUUAACCUCUGCAUUCUGUAUUUGUGUUUUUUUUUCUUUCCAUUAGAGUGAUUUCUUUUUUGUUGACUAUUAACCAGGAAUCUUGUAUUGUCAAUUGUUAAUAUAUGGAUGUGAUUUGUCACUUGCAAAAAAAACCUGCAGGUGGAUUGAAUGAUUUGUAAGGUUUUGCAUAGAAAGAAACAACAGUGCCUCAGUUUUUUUAGACAAUAUCUACAGUGACUGAAUAAAUUCAGUAGCAG